GCGUGCCGCCGCCCCGCCUCGCUGCCACCCGCCGUGCGCGCGCACGGCACUGCGUUGUGACGUCGGCGCGUACGUUACGCUCGUGCGUGCGUGCGUGCGUGCGUGCCCGCGCGGGCGCGGAUCGCCAUGGAGGCCUCGGCGGGCGGUGGGGCCGGCAGCUCGGCCUCGCGGCGCUGGUACUUUACCCGCGAGCAGCUGGACCGCAGCCCCUCGCGGCGAGCCGGCCUGGAUCCCGACAAGGAGCUCUCGUACCGGCAGCAGGCCGCCAACCUGCUGCAGGAGAUGGGGCAGCGCCUCAACGUCUCGCAGCUCACCAUCAACACGGCCAUCGUGUACAUGCACCGCUUCUACAUGGUGCAGUCCUUCACCCAGUUCCACCGGAACUCGGUGGCUCCCGCAGCUCUGUUCCUGGCGGCCAAGGUGGAGGAGCAGCCCCGAAAGCUGGACUACGUGAUCAAGGUAGCCCACGCCUGCCUGCACCCCCAGGAGCCUCCUCCCGACACCAGGAGCGAGGCUUACCUGCAACAAGCCCAGGACCUGGUCAUUCUAGAGAGCAUAAUACUGCAGACCCUGGGCUUUGAGAUCACCAUCGACCACCCCCACACCCACGUGGUGAAGUGCACUCAGCUCGUGCGAGCCAGCAAGGACUUGGCGCAGACGUCUUACUUCAUGGCUACCAACAGCCUGCACCUGACCACCUUCAGCCUGCAGUACACCCCUCCCGUUGUGGCCUGCGUCUGUAUCCACCUGGCUUGUAAAUGGUCCAACUGGGAGAUCCCAGUCUCCACGGACGGGAAGCACUGGUGGGAAUACGUUGAUGGCACUGUAACUCUGGAGCUCUUAGAUGAACUGACCCAUGAAUUCCUGCAGAUCCUCGAGAAAACUCCCAACCGGCUGAAGCGCAUCCGGAACUGGCGGGCCUCGCAGGCGGCCAGGAAAUCCAAGGCCGACGAACACGGCGAAGACGAGGGGCUGUCGGAACAGACCAUCCUCAACAUGAUCUCCAGGAACAACAGCUCGGACAUGAACAUCGCGGGGCUGAUGAGCAUGUCCACGUCGUCCACGGCCGGCGCGGGUCCCUCCGUGCCGCCGGCCUCCGACUCUCCCGGCACUCAGGACGCGGCCCCGGCCGAGCGGUGGCUGGCCCAGCACCCCGGCACCAAGCUGGACGCGGCACAGAGCCACAGGACUAACGAGAGCUCGUCGGGCGGCGAGCACCCCGGCCCUCAGCAGCAGCAGCAGCAGCAGCAGCAGGAUGGCGCCGGUUACCCCAAGCAGGUCGGCAAGAACGCGCCGUCGGCCAAAGUGUCGCUGAAGGAAUACCGGGCCAAGCACGCCGAGGAGCUGGCGGCGCAGAAGCGGCAGCUGGAGAACAUGGAGGCCAACGUGCGCUCGCAGUACGCCUACGCCGCCAAGAAUCUGCUGGUCCAGCAGCAGAGGGAGAGGGAGGUGCAGCAGGACGGCAACCCCUCGUCCAUCAUCCUGAAGAUCCCCGUGGCCGAGAACCCCGAGCGCCCUCCCGGCCCCGAGAAGGGGGACAAGGCCUCGGCCUUGAAGCUGAGGAUCCCGGUGGCGGGCGGAGGAGGGGAGAGGCCGGCUCCCUCCAAGCAGGAGGAGAUCAAAAUGCGGAUCAAGGUGCCCAGCGAGCGGCCCGGUUCCUCGGACGAACCCAAGAGCCGCGAGCACAAGGAAAAACACAAAGGCCACUCCUCCAACCACCACCACCACAACCACCACUCCCACAAACACUUGCACCCUCAGCUCGGCGCCGGGCCCAGCGGCGUGCCCAGCAAGCGCCCGGGUGACUCAAAGCACGCGGGGCCGCCCGGAGCCGUGCCCCAUAAGAGCUACGGCCUCUUCGCUUCGUCCCGCAAGCGGCCGGCCCCGGAGGAGAGCUCGGGCGCAGCGCACGAGCAGCACCAACCCAAAAUCAGCAAAGGCCCCAAAGGCCCCGUGCCGUUGUUCUCGUACCCGAUCCUGGCGGGGCACGACGCCGUCGCCCUCCCCUCGUUGGCCCCGGCUCCUGGUAAAGCGAGGGGGGGAAGCCACGGUAAAUCGGACAAAGGACCCGCGGGGGCCAACGGGCACAACGCCGGGCAGCCCAGUGACUACCAGGAUACGGUCAACAUGCUGCACUCGCUGCUGAGCGCUCAGGGCAUGCAGCCCAGCCAGGCCCCGGCCUUCGUGUACAGCGAGCUCCUGCCCCCCCGGCAAACCGCCGGCUCCCGAGCGGCCAACACGGACAGACCCCGGCCCCCCCCGCUGCCCUCAGAACCGCCC